GGAGGGGGGAAAGAAUUUUCAUGCUUUUGAUGCAAUGUCGUGUUAGUGAGUGGUAUAUUUCGCUUUCCUUGUUGUUUGGGAUUUAUAAAGAAAGUAAUUUACUUGACCUGUUGUUUACAUUUUAAAAGUUACAGAAAUCAUUGAAAAUAUCUUUAUUAAUUUUAUUUUCGGAUUCCUAUAUAAAUUCUAUACAGAUGGUAAUUGUUUUGCUGUAUGCAUAUUAUAGUAGUGGAUAUAUUUUAAAAUCCCCUAUGUUCACCUUACUAUUAUUAUGUGUUCUAUCAUAUUGUUGUUAAUCAAUAUGCAAUACAAUAACAUUAUUGGGACAACAUUUGUUAUUCCUAUUUAUUUUGUAUUAAACUAAAAACUAUAGGAAUAAGUAGACAAAGAGAUUUUAUUGAUAAUCUUUUAAUUUAACAAUUAAAAGAUUAUGAAAGUACUUUGAUCGAACAUAAAACAAGACAUUGGUAAACAUAUAUUCAACUAAAUGCAUGCAAUAAAAUGACAUCAAAAUGACAUCGGUGGAGGCGCAGAAAGAUCUUACAGAUUCCUCGCAUCUACAAAAUUCAAUUACAAAUGAAUCACAAGAAGAAAAUUCACAAUCAACAAAUGUCCAAAAAGGACAUAAUCUAAUUGAUAACAUUAACAAGGAAACAAAUAAAGUUGCCAUUGAGAAUACAAAGGACGACAUUAAAGAUGCACAGGAUAUUACAAAUUCUGAUCAAAAGGAAAAUAAAAAUGAGGAAGUGAUCAUUUUAGAAAACAUUAAGAAAGAAGCAAAAUGUAAUAUAAAUAAAAUAGAACGUAGGCAGAAUACAGGGAAGUUGGAUACAAUUUCUUCUGUUUCUGACAAUGACUUUAAGUCAAGUAAAAAUGAAAAUGUAAAAGAAACUGUGUUUAAAAGUGGAAAUAAUUUAAAAAGGACACGACGAAAUGUUAGUACACAAGAGACGGAUGUUUCCUCAGACGAAAAUAAUUUGAGAAACAAGCGAAAAAAGAGAAAUGCAAAUGAUAAAUUCUGUUGGCGAUGUCACAAGGAAUCUGUAGAAGCACAUUGCAGUGCUUGCCCUAGAUCAUGGCAUCGAAAAUGUAUAGGAAUGCAACAGUCGAUUAUUCAAAAUUGGAUAUGUGGGGAAUGUGCAGCUAUUUUACAGGCAGAAAAUGCAGAAACACGUUCUACAGCUAUGGCACAACUAUCUGUUGACCAAUUAUGUUUAUUACUGAAACAUGUAGUCGAGAGAAUGAGAGAAUAUCCUGGUUCAGAACCAUUUUGGAAACCAGUGGAACUUUCUGAGGCACCAAAUUAUUUAGAUUAUGUGGUAAAGCCAAUGGAUCUGAGCCUUUUAGAAUCGAAUGUUCGGGCCAAAUUAUAUGGUAGUACAGACGCAUUCAUGGCUGAUGCCAAGUGGAUACAACACAACUGUAUUGUAUUCAACACAUGUGGUGGUGUAUACACAGAUACAUCUAAAUUAACGAAUGCCGCGAAACAGAUUAUUAAAUUGGCACGUCAGGAAGUAUCAGAAAUUGAAGCAUGCCCUGAUUGUUAUGCUCAUGGCAGAAACUUACCAAGACCACAACCAGCAUGGUUUAUUGAACCCUGUCGUCGUCCUCAUCCACUUGUGUGGGCAAAGUUGAAAGGCUUUCCAUUUUGGCCUGCUAAAGCUAUGCCUCGAAUCAAUUCUCAAGGUUUUAUUGAUGUACGAUUUUUUGGGGAACACGAUCGAGCAUGGGUUCCUCCGCGAGAUUUAUAUCUAUAUUCCGAAAAUCCACCUGCUCCAUUACCGAGGAAGAGAAAAUUAGAUAUGGUAGAGUGUGUUAAGGAAAUUACUCGUCACUGUCGGAAGCUAGAACUUGCGUUUGGCCAAUUUACAUUUGCGCCUCCCAAAGUGCAAUAUAAUCCGCAUGAUCCAAUGCAAAUAAAAUUACUGUUACCAAAUUAUGAUCCUCUUCAUUCUAAUAACUGUACAUCACCGCAACUCUUGCUUCCAAAAAAGACACCGCUUCUUAAAAAGCGGAUCCAUGUAAAAAAUAAUUUACAAACAAACACGGAAAAAGCAGACAAUUCUGAUACUGAAAAUAAAAUAUCAAAUGAAUUUAACGUAACUAACAAAGGAAGCAAAAUUGAAAAUAAAUCAUUUAAAGCAGUACAAGAAUCUGAUAACUUUCAGAAAACCGAAACGGUUACGAUUACAAGUAAUAAUUUAAAUGAACCAAGAGAAAGAAAAAGGAAAGUGAAUGUGCAACCAGAAAAGAAUAUGUCAAAGUUCAAAGUAGUGAUGAAAGAAGAUAUAAAUACGCCAAGUACAAGUAAAACUAAUACAAAUAGUGCAAAUGAUGAGAAAUGUGUCAGUAAUCCAGUAAAAUAUGACGCGAAAGCAUCAAAUUCUAUAAUGUUGAAACAAGAUAUUAAUCCUGAAAAUGCAACAAACAAUAAUGCAAAAUCUUUGGAAAAUUCAUUACAACAAGAGAUAAAAUCCCCGAAAAAGCAUAUAGCAAAAGACAUUCACAUAUCCAAAAAACGAAUUCCCUUUAAGGUGAACGUUAUUAAAAGAAGUGUCAGCCAAAAUGUAAAUUUACAGAAGAAUAAUUGUAGAAACCAUGAAAACACAGAAAAAGUUUACAAGCCAAAGACUAGAAUAGUCGAUAAAAUGAACGCUGAGAAAGCUUUAAAAUUUAUUACAACGGAACAAAAUCAGAAUAUGGUAGAAUCGACAAUUUUGAUUAAACGCCAGAAUGAUUCAAUGACAUUGAAAGAAGGCUCUAAAAGUGAUAAUAAUAGUAAUUUAACAGCAUCGUCCAUUUUAGUACAAACUAAUAAAACAUCACUUAAUGUUGAUAUUAAUGACGAUAUUGACAUUAAUAGAAAAAAUGCUACAGAUCAACCUGUCGGGUUACUUUUCGUAGCAAAUGAUGAUAAAUCUAAUAUCACGAAAAAGUGUACUGAGGAAACUACCGAGAAUGAAAAAAAGAGCGAUAUUUCGGCUCAUGUACAACAAAUUUCCAGAGAUUCGUUGAGAGCAAAAGAUCAACAAGUAAAGGAAAAUAGAGCUAGAAAAUCAUUUCCUAAUAAACCUCGUAAUUACCCGCAACAUAUUCCUCGUUCGUCGACAAAUACAUUAUCAAGUCCGAUCGAGUCUACUGUUCAUACGCCUACUCAUCAGACUGAAAAUUGUGUCGAGUACCAAAUGUUGCCCCCAGAAGCAGGUCCUAUUAGUGCCCGUUUAUAUCAUGAUGCUCAAGAUUUAGCUACAAAAAUGGCUAAAUUAAUGGAAGAGGCGUAUAAAGAAGCAGCGCAUGAGAAUCAAAAUUGUGAAAAUCGCAAUAUGUCCGAAAAUCAUCAAGCGUCAGUUCAUUUUUUAAGAUUACAGAUAGAACGAAUGAGGUGGCAACACCAACAACAAUUAACAGAAUUAAAACACAACACUGACAGAAUAUUAAGAGAAAUGAAGGCAAGCUUAGAAGCUGAACGAUUACGUGCUGUCGAGGAAACUCGUAGAGAAGCCGAAGAGGGGAUGUUACGUUGUAUCGAAGAAAUCAAACGUAAACAGUGGUGUGCAAUGUGUGGCAGAGAAGCAUUAUUUUACUGCUGUUGGAAUACUGCAUACUGUGAUUAUCCUUGCCAACAAUCACAUUGGUCAGUGCAUAUGAGAACAUGCGCUCAACAACCUUCGUUCACUACUAUUAUUACUAGUUCUACUGCAAAUUCAAAUCAGCAACAGAAUCAUAAUAUCAAAAUAAACAGACUUACUAAUAAGACAUACGAAUUGCCUUAUGACAAACAGAAUGAGAUAUCGUGAUUUUUAUCUUUGUGUUGUUCUGAAACUGAAGGUAAUGGAAAUUCAUCAUAGCGUACGUAUACUUUAAUAUAAACGGACACUUCUUAUACAAUAAAAAAAAAAUAAAGAAAAAGUCGUUCAGUGCAAUUAUAUUACAGCUUAAAAGGCGAAAAUUUUAAAGUGACAAAAAUAUUGAUGAAACGAGGUAAAUAAUAUUUGUAUUUCAUUUUGCACAAACGAUCUUGUUUUGUAUAAAAAAUAGAAAAAUAAAUGAAAAUGUUAUGUAUAGUAUGAUAUAAAUAGCUUUUGCCCAUUAUGUUUUUAAAAACAAUGGGAAAGAUGCCCAUCUACCUUUAUAAAAACUACAUAUGUAGGUGUAGCCAAUUUACUUAUGUAUAUAAUACCAGGUAAUAGUUAUUUAUUUCACUCCAAAAUUUUCAAUAGUUAAAUAUCGCGUUCUUCUGUACUUUUCUAUUCUCUAAGUACUCUCGCAGUUUUUGUUUCAUAGUCAGAUUCUCCAGGGAGAGCGUUUUUAUGUUUCAGAUAACGCAAAGUUGGAGAGUUUGCCAUAUCUAAACUUUUCCUAGUAUAUCUUUUAAAAUACUAUAAAUAAAUAAGUAUUUACAGAUUUAUCAAC